AGGUUGAUCCACUGUUCCAGAAAUUAUCAGCAACAUUUGAUGAGGGUUGUACUAGUAGCUUACUAUUGAAUCAUCUCACUCGUCGAGAUGAUUUCUGUGAGACUUUGUUUGACUCCAAAACUGUACCCACAUCCACCGUGGCUGAUUUUGAUUGCGGAAAUUCUCAGACUGUCGAUCUGUCUGAUAUGAGAGGUACAGUGUAACACUUCAUUUUUUAACUGCAGUAAAAGUCUUGAAUUCCGAUUAUGGGGCGUGGAUUCGUUUAUAUACAGUGGAAAUACGGACGUUUUUAUUACUUCGACAAUUAUCAAUGACAAUUAUCCUAAAUUUAUUGCAGACAUGAGAAUGAGAAUAUUAUCUCCGUCCGUCCAGAUUUGUCCUCAAUAUGAUGACUUUAGCUUUACUAACUGGGACCUGAAUGCGGAGGUUUGUCAAUACUGUAGCAUGGGCGGAUUUACUGGGGGUUAGAGGGGGAGGGGGGGGGGCUUAAACCCCCCUAACCUGGGAAAACGUCUACCUGCUGUAAGACGACGUUGACAAUUUGUCAAGGGUGGGUAGUAGCGAAGUAGUUGUAGUUCGCUACUGUAGCGAACUACAAUUUUCAAGUAGCCAGCAGUUUUUCACUACUUUUUUAAAACAGUAGUUGUAGUUAUAGCGAACUACUUUUUGCCUAAAAAUAGCCAAGUAGUUGACUACUAUUCAAGCUGCAAAUCGCUAGUCGCUACUUUUUAAAAUUGUUAGCAACCGUUCGUAGAAUAUAAUGACAUUAAGACACGGUUUGCUUAAAAGAUUAUUUUAUACAGUAUAAAGAUUAUUUUAGCGCAUUGAAAAGUGGCACUCCUGAACACUGUAUAGUGCUUACAAAAAUGUUUCUUUGACCCUUUUUGUUUUAAAUACUGUUGCUACUCGUAAGUCGAUUUGUUAUAGGUUAAAUUACAGCCUGAGCCCAAAUACUGUAAAACUAAAAAAUAUAGAGUAGCGAAAUAGCGAAAUAGUUCGCUACAUUUUUUAAGCAGUAGCUGUAGUCAGUAGCGAACUACUUUUGUUCAAAAGUAGCAGUAGUUGUAGCUGACUACAUAUUUUUGAAGUAGCUGUAGUUAUAGCGAACUACAAAAAUUUUGUAGUCAAACCACCCUUGCAAUUUGUAAACAAUCAAACAAUAAAUACGAUAUAAAUGGACUGAGAUAAUUCCAUCUUUUUAUUAUUCUGUAUCAUAUAGACUGCCAGAGAGAGCGAAACGUUUACUAACACAAAUAAUGAGGACGCUUUUGACAUGAAUGCUCCAGGACCAGGUAGUGAAAUUUUCAUUAUCGAAUUUUUCUUGAAUAGAGAGGUGAUUAGGGGAUAAAAUUAUCAAACCGUGUCCGAUAGAAAAGUGGUCUUGUUCGGCCGAUUUACUAACAGUACAGUAUGUGGCCGUAUAUCGUGCCGGGCCAGCUCCAAUAAAUUAUAUUCAGGCCUGUUUUAAAGCAUGAAUUUUUAGGUUUUAUCAGUUAAUAAUAGUGCAAGAGAUUUAAUAACAGUACAGCGUUAUGUGUAUUGUUUGCAAAAAUCAAUUAUACAAUCCCAAAGCAAGAGUUAUAAUCAUUUUCUUCAAUGCUGUUUAGCGCCAUUUGAUCCAAUCAAUGAAAUGCCCGAUAUGGAUGGUGGUGGAUUUGAUGACGAUGAUGGCGAUGCCGGUGGGUUUGAUGACGUAAGUGGAAUGCUCCUGAAUGUGAUUCAUUAUUAAAAAAAUAUCACAAUUUAGUCACUUAAUAUCUUGGAUAGGAAGUCAAAAUGCCAAGGUGAAUUACUACAUAUGAUGAAUUUCUAUUGAAUAGGGUCCAGGCGGCAUGAACACGGACUUGUCUGGUAAUUUGUUGGGCUUUGCUGAUGGUCAAGAAGCACAAUUGCUUUUACCUGGACAAACGAGGUAACAACGAACCCUCAGACAAAGGGGUUGAAGUCAUAUGCAAGAAUGGAUUACUGCUCUAAUAGUAGGGAUGGAUCCAGCCAGAUCUGGGGGGGGCUGGUCACGUUGACCAAAUUAAUGAAUACCUGUGUAGCAAUGCUGUAACAAUAAUUUUUGAAAGCAUUGGUAGGCAAAAAAUUAAACUGUAUAUGGGAUGAUAUUUAAGGCAAAAAUGUUUGCAGAACUGAGAUUUUCAGUGACAAGUUGAAAAUAUUAGUUGGUUAAAAGUAUCCACUCGUUCGUAUAUCUUUACGUUCUUUCUUAAGGCCUAUUGAGACGGCACUGGGAAAUGCAACUGAUUUGGGUACCUUCAUGUUAUCUUUGCAAUCAUCGGAAAACAUGAAUGAAUAUUCGUAUAGUACUUUACCAAUGUGGGCUGGUCCUGUUCAGUGGAAAAAUAGAGCGCAGUUUGAUGCCCUUAAAGGUAUUUUCCAAUAUAGCUAUAUUUUAUUCUUCCCAGUUUAUUUCUCUUUAGCCUAAGGGGCUGAAGCUGUUUUGCAAAGCAUAAGUAUUUUAUUUGUUUUCAUUAGGCUUAAAUAAAGGGAGUUCAAAACGAAAGACCACAACGAGAAAGAAAGUAUUCAGGAUUGAAUUUGAUGCAACUCACGACUUUGAUAAACUUUUUACAAAAGGAAAGGUAAAUGAUUCCACUGUGGAUGUUAAACUGUAAUUCCUGAUGUAUUCGUGUACAUAUACGUUUCAAUCCUUCCGGAAAGUGGAUUCCGUGGCUAUAAUGCCUCUUUCAAGAUUAGAAUCUUGGUUUCAGAUCCUGGUAACGAUCAUUUAAACCCAUGCCUAAGGCCAAUUUUUGAGUUUUCUCGUGCUAGAGUUUCUUCCCCCAAAACCGACUGCUUUGAUAUGAUCUCUUCACAUUAGGCCGCGACAGUGUUAUCGAAAAUAACAAUGGAUAAACAUGCUUCAAACCAGAAAACACUUCCCGAUGAUCUACACUAUGAGUUCAACAACUUAAUGAAAUUGUUCCUGAAAACUAAACUAAUGGUAAGAAGAAAGGCAAGCGAAAUGUAGAGGCCCAUUUCCACUCAAGAAAAUGUUCCACGGCCAAAAAAAGUUCCAAAAAUAUCAUUGUUAAAAGUUGAACAUUUUCAACUUAAAUUUUUUCCGACGUAAAAUUUGUGUCGACCAAUCACAUUUUAUACAUUUUUCUUUCCGCGGAAAAUUUUUUGUCCGUGGAAAUGGGCCUUAUGCUGUACCACAAUUCCGAGCUUACACAGCAUUAUCACGUAUUACCGCUGAUGAUCCAUGACCACUUUGAUGUUCCUCAGGUUCGACGGCAGUAUGGUGUUCAGCCUGCUGUAACAGACGAUGGAAAUGGUAGGUUUCAGUUUAACCAUAGGUUUUUUAUAUUGAAUAUGACUCUAUCAGGUCUCAACUUCUGUUCUCCCCACGGCCGGAUUUUGUGCCUUUUGAAAAGAUUAAGUGAUAAUAUGACAAAAUUUUGAAAAAAUAUGAAAAUAUGAAAAAAAUGCUUAGGGUCUACACUGCGUGAGAAAGUUUUUCUAUAAAAUUGAAAAUGUGAUAGCCAUCUGUGUCAAGUGCCCUUUUAAAGUUUUAAUGCAAUGUUUGGAAAGAAACUUUGUAGUAAUGUGAUGAAGGGUAAAAUUGGGUGGGUCGUACAGUAAUAAUUCAUGGAUACACUGAUACAUAUGUACAGUACCUGGAUACGUUACGUAGUUCGCUUACGGUAUGAUCUAAACCUUCUCUAUCAUCAAUCAUAGGAAACAACUGGUACAAUUAUGAAAACGAAAAUGAUUGCGCCAAUUACUGUCCAGCUGAUGCACAGGUAUAUACUUAUCUAGUUUCUACUAUGUGAUGAUUUGUGAAAGGGUAAGCUGGUUUUCGACUCUUUCCAAACUAGAGCGGUCUAUAAUUGAUUACGGCCACCACUCUCUGGCCCAGGACGCAUCUGAUUGGUUAAUCCGGUAGAUUAAGCGCAUGCUAACUUUUACUACUUUUUUAUACAACCGUUCCCUGAUCGAAACCUUCUUCUUAGGACGAUGGUGAUGACGACGUUUUUGAUGGUGAAGAUGCGGGAGGAUUUAAUGAAUAUUCAUCACAGACUCUUAGUUCAUUUAACAACGAAACUGUGUUCCAGGGUGACAAGCUUGUUGCACAACCAAAUAAGGUGAGGUGGAUGAAAUACAGUAGGUGGUGUUUGCACUGAAGGUAGGUUUUGGGCUUUUGGCACGGGGAGCAUUCCGUUUCCUUCUCAAAUUUUUAACCACACACCCAGGCCAUAUGAUGCAUGAUUUAGGGUGUAUUAUCAAGUAUAUACUCGGGUAACAGUGUUACAAGUGUUACACUAUCUUUAUUUAGGGGUAGGGUUAGAGUGUGUGUAACACUAUGUAACACGGUGGGGGUAGGGUUAGUGUGUGUAACACUAUGUAACACGGUGAGGUUAGGGGUGGGGUUAGGGGUAGGGUUAGUGUGUGUAACGACUAUGUAACACUGUCAACACUCUGUAGUACUAUGUAACAAUGUGUAACACUAUGUAAUACUAUGUAAGAAUAUGUAACAUUGUUUAACACUGUGUAACACUUGUAACAGUGUUACAACUGAGUGCCAUAAUAAAGCCACCCUAAAUCGUGCAUGGUAUAACCCAGGCUAGUAGUUUAUUGAACCUUGUGGCCAGUGUUGGAAAAUGUCUGGCAGCACCGAUGCCAGAAAAUGUUUACAGUAAUAAAAUAUCUUCCCAGGUAAUUUUCUUACAUCCAGCAGGAAAUUUUUGUCAUCCUAAAUAUAUUGAAAUGUCAUACAAUCUGCCUGUUGAUUUAAAAUGUAUUCAGGGACCCCGAAUGAAUAUCGAUAUAGCUAUAGCCACUUUAUAAAUGUCACGUACAGGUGCAGAAGAUCGACAUUGCGUAUUCAAAAACAGCGAAGAAAAUCGAUGUGAAAAAAGUAAAGAGGGCGAUGUGGGAUGUCAUGUCCUCGACAACACGUGAUGCAGAUAAAGUAAGAUCUAUAUAUCAUGUAGCUGCAUCUCUUCUAACUUCUCUAAUUGGAAAAGUGAAAAGGCACAGCAAUCUCUCUGUAUUAGAGAGUUACAACGAUAAUUGUACCACAUACACAAACUAUAGUAUCAUGAAAUGUUCGUCGUCGUCGUAUCGUAGAAAUUUAUUUCAAGACGCUAGCUUCAUCAACAUACGUUGGUUUUCAUGAGGGGCGACGUCAAUUUAUAUACAAAGUAUUUACAAGAAAAUACGUGGAAACAAAGAAAAACUAUUUACAAGAGUGCAUGCUGAAUACAGGAGGUGUGACACGUACAUUAAUAUUAGUAACAGAAUCAAAGAUUAAUAUUUUCUUUGAAACUAUGGAUUGAUCGUGUCUCUUUUGCUUCCCGAGAAAGGCUAUUCCAAAGCUUUGCCCCGCUGUACUUAAAACGUUUUUUAGGAAUUCCCUUCUCGGUUUUGGGAGAGCUAAAGUAAUAGUUCGCUUGCGUUAAACUGCUCCCAAUCAACGACUCUUUCCGAGUGUCCGUAAUUCAUAUCGUUCUUUCAAGGAAAAUAUGCCCGAAAAUAAUGCAACCGAAGAUAUUGUCAAAGAGAGCGUUACGAAGCCAUGCAACUUUACUGAAUUGUAUCACACAAUCCCGAGCAAAAUGUCUAAACAAAUGGCAAAGAAUCUCUCCAUUCCAAUCGCUUUUGUUUGCUUGCUUCAUUUGGCAAACGAAAAGGUACUGUAAAUUAAAAUGUUCACGGCUCGGUCAAGGCCUUAUUGUGGCGUACUGUAGUUCUGCAGAUAUGGCCAGGAGCCUACUCCUGUUCAGGCACCUGAAAUGUUCAUGCCACUACCUACUGUAACCCUACAUGCAGUCUACCUACUGUAGUAACCCUUACUAAAACCCCGGUCAAAAUAGGAUGAGAAUUGAGAAGCCAGAAUUUGCAUGACAAUUUUCUAAACUCUCAUGAGUCAUGCCUUGGUCAAACCAGAACAACAGUUGCAUUAGGAUUGAUGAGAGUUGCAUUAGAUUGAUGAGAGUUGACAAGAUAUUCCCCAGAUAGCAAAAACUGAAAAAUUUAUGUUUGUGAUGUUGUUCUUCAGUGUGGCCACAACGGCCAAGCUGAAACGUUUGUUUGACUGCGGUGGGAAUCGAACCCACAGUCUUUAAUUUUCCAGUACGAGGUCAAGUCAGUUUGAAAUAUCACCCACUUGAACUGAUUUGACCUUGUAGCUCAGUUGGUAGAGCAUUGGACUGGCAAACCAAAGAUCACGGGUUCGAUUCUCACUGCGGUCAAGCAAACUUUUCAGCUUGCCCGGUGUGGGAACACUCAGAGCAACAUCACAAACAUAUAUCUUCACCUGAGUGUGCAACACCAGAAACAAAACUGAAAAAUUUACCAGAGUUGAGUGUUGGUCAAAUGCAAGUAAGAAUUGCAACUCUCAUCAACUGUCAGUGUCUUGUUUGACCAGGGGUUAGCUGUUUGCAACUUUUAUAAUGAAGUUUUUCUGUUUGUUUUUCAGAACUUAAAACUCGAAGGUCGAACAUCAAUGGAUGAUUUCACUAUUACUCAAGGAGUUUAGCAGUGACAAAAACAUCAACUGUAUAACUGUAAUUAUGUGUAACAAAAUGCAAUAAUUGAUUUAUCUUUUGUUAGAAAUAGUUGAAUUUAUUAGCAUGUAAUACCACCAGGAAAUACAUACAGUGUAGUACAUAUAGAAAAUUAAAGGUAAGGAUUUUCUGAACUACAAUCUAAUACUUAUACCAAAUUCCUACUAUAAUUAUUAUUAAUGUUGUUUCCCCUUAAAUAGUUUUACCAACCCAGUAACAAUUAAUUGCCUAUAAAACAUAAAUACAUAACAGCAAGUAUUUCUUCUUCAUUUGAAAUGUCCAAAAAUGUUUGCCAUUAUUUAUAUUGGUUUUAGCACAAUCUAGAAAAGACAGUGAAUUAUAUUAAUCCGACAG